CUAAUUAAUGCCAAGAUGGGUAUGAGACAAGCUAAGGUGCUGAUCAUUUUGGUACUCUAUGUUGCUGUUCAGUCAAGAAGUUUAAAGGAUGAAGUGAAAGUCCUAACCAACCGCCUGAAUUCCUUGGUCCCUCCAGAAAACUGUAUGGACCUACUGGUAUCUGGGAAGCACCCGAUUUCUGAUAACAUGAUUACAGCUUCUACUUAUUGGAGGAAGAAUGGACAAUACAGCCCAGCCAUGUCAAGAAUAAAUAAUAAUUACAGAAAGGUUGGAGCCUGGUGUGCUGACAAAAAUGACCAAUGUCAGUGGCUACAGUUUGACCUUGGGACAGUGAGGAAAGUGACAGCAAUACUGACCAAGGGCAGAGAAUUUGAUCACAACCAAUAUGUCAGAGAAUAUGAGGUGCACUAUAGUUAUAACAACAAACUGUGGAUGAAAGCAUACAGGGAUGCAAAUGGACGUAUUAAGACCUUCAAGGGAAAUGUGGACACUAGGAAUAUCCAAGAGAACGUGCUUUAUCCUCCCAUAUAUGCUCGUUAUGUGCGCAUUAAUCCAACUUCCUGGUAUAGUCACAUUUCUAUGAGAGCAGAUCUGCGUGGAUGUUAAAUGAUGAAAUUUUCAAUUUUGGCCAUUUGCACACUUUUCAGACAUUUGAGAUGUACACAUAUUCAGAUAUGUGCUUAUAGUGCACUUCUUCUGACUUUGAUGAUAAUAUAAUCAGAUUGUCACAAUCUUGUCCUUAAUAAACAAUGUGCAUUUACAGUGAUGGGAUUAUUCGGAAAACAUUCUUUCAAUUUAAGAAGUUAACAUGUUUUUCUUUAAAUUUUAAUUGGGAUAACUUUAAACAAUGUUGAAUCGAUGAUGUCUGUAUUCUUAUUUGCUUUUGAAAUAUGCUGCAGUAAAAAUUACCAAAAGGACAAUAAAGGGAUGUAAAAAAAA